AUGCAGUGCCACGAUAACAGAGAAGCGCAGCUCCGUUGGGGCUUUAGCGGGUACCAACGUGGCCCCACGUGGGCCGCGCCUGGCACGGCGACAGGAGCGGAGACGCUGGUUGGAAGCCAACACAGGCGGACUGUGGGAGCUGCCGGGGGGGGGGGGCUGGAGGAGAUGCGAGUGGGCCCACAGGAGGUUUUGCCGGCGGAGGAAGGCCGGGAGGAAAGGGCAUGCGAGCAGCAGGACCUGACAGCAGCAAGCUUCUUAGGAUUGAUUCCAGCAAGCCAGCCGAGCUGCCUGGCAGAGCGGCAGCACGGCUUGCCGACAGCAGUCCAGGACGGGCUGCCUGUGAAGGAGCAUGGGGAACGGAGGGGGAAACCUGUGCGAGAGCAACCAGAUUUGCUGGUGGGGACACAACCGGCCCUGUCGCUGACUGCAGGGCUGGCUGUGAGGGAGAGCAGUGGUUUGAAUCCUUUCCCGAGAGCAUGGGAUUGGGGACUGCUGGAGGGAAGGGCGGGAGCGGAGGACCAUGCCUUCCUCUUCCAGAGCACGCAGGGUGUGCAGUCUGCGGCUACUUCGCACGUCGACGUGCGCCCUCGCAGGCGUGGUCGGGGUUGUGGCCGUGCUAGGACCACUGAACGGGGGUGCCUCGUAGCCCAGCAGGGGCAGCAGCAUGGGGAUCACUGGGACCAGCACCGAGGAGACCUCCGGGAGCAGUGUCAGCAGGGCAGUGGGCAGGGGCGGCAGCUUGGGGGUGAGUACCCACAAGGCCCGACUGAUCUUCCUGGAGAUCUGAUGGCGGGCCAAGAUUCUGGGGAGCGGGUCGGGGAAGCUGGUCAGAGAGGCCAGCAGCCAUGCAGCAUGGAUGCACGGGCACAGGGGGUCUCAGGUGACCAAUUGCCACGAGGCAAGAGCAGGCGGCGACGUGGCGGCCAAGGCAGGCAGUGGCAGGGCACUCCGCAGGGUCAGCAGGCAGUGAGCCAGGGGGGGGCGACAGGAGCACCCCAGAGUGAGCGGCAGCCAGAGAAGCGGCUGGGGGAGAUAGCGGCAACCGAGGGCGCCUUGCAUCCUGAAGGGCAGCCAAGGAUGAGAAUGGCGCCCCAGGGCGUGCAGCAGCCUGAGGGGCAGCCGGGAAUGACAGGAGCACCCCAUGGCGUACAGCAUCCGGGGAGGCAGCAAGAUGCAUCAUCUACACCCCGUGUUGUGCUGCGGCUUGAGGUGCAGCCAGGAGAGACAGGAGCAUCCCAAGAUGAGCGGCAGCCAGAGGAUUGGCUGCGGGGGGCAGCAGCACCUGAAGGCGACUUGCAUCCAGAAGGGCAGCCAGGGGCGAGAGUGGCGCCCCAGGGCGUGCAGCAGCCUGAGGGGCAGCCGGGAAUGACAGGAGCACCCCAUGGCGUACAGCAUCCAGGGGGCCAGUCGGAGUUGAAAUCAAAACCUCAGGACCUGUGGCGGCCGGGGGGGCAGUCGGGAGUGACUGCAGCACCCCAGAGCGUGCAGAAGGCUGGGGGAAAGCGGAGAGUGACUGCGGCACCUCAGGGCAUGCAGCAGGCAGGGGGAUAG